GUGAACUGCGCAUUAUCCACAUAAAUACAAAUCGUAAAACUACCUUCUCCGAAUAUUUAAUCGAUAGCAACAGCAUGUUUCAACGAGCUCUUCGGCCUGUCUCACGAACAGGAAAAAAAUUUUUUAUCAGAGCAAAUAGCACCUCGAACAAAGAUAAAUUUUUUGAGAAAGACAUCGCGUUCGAAAGUGAAUAUUACUACAAGCAGGAUCAAGAAUUGCUCAAGAUGGUGAAGCAAAAAACUCAAGAGGAGGUGACGAAGAUGCAAAACGAAAUUCGUGCAAUGCGGGACAAAAUCGAAGACACUACGAAAAGCAUAAACGAGAGCUUAAGAUUUUUAAAGGGACUCGAGAGCGACCUACCCGCUAGUAAUAAAAAGAAGUUUUGA